AUGGCAACAGCAGGUCAGCUUGGUAAUGGCUUAUUAGAGCAAAGUUUACAGGGGAGAAAAUUUAGAGGGUCAUCUUAUGAUAUGUCUUCUACGCAUGUACGGAAAGACGGCGUUCGUCGCUGGCCAGUUCAAUUAUAUCUGCAUGAGACGACCAUAUGCCUCAUAUGGAAUCCCAAAGUCGAAUUUCAACUGAAUAUAUCCCAUAUAAACAAUUACGCCAUAAUAAAUAUCGGUUUAAAAAGUCUGGAAUUAACAUUUGACGAAGAUAUCGUAAACUUUUCAGAACAAAGACAACAAUUUUCAGAAAACGAUUUAAAGUUCAAUGCAUUAACCGAAAAGUUAACUAUGUCGAUCAAAAAAUCACAUUGCGAGAGCUUCAUAGCUUUCGAAAACGAUAUAUUGCCUUUUGUCGAGGCUUUUCUAAACGCCAGUAUUUAUUCUGUAUGGCGCUCAAAGAGAAAUCGUUUUGUAUUCGGUAUACAAAAUGAAAAUUUAUGCAAACAUAAAUUUUUUAGGGAACAAUCUGGUGUAUUGUUGGUUGAGCAAUCUCGCAUUGAUUUGCAAAUAUUUUAUUUAAAGACCAACAAGUUUCAAGGUUUGCAAAGUAAAGCUUCCGCAUCGUUUUAUGAGCUGGAUACUUUUAAUGCUUCAUCCGGAAAGUUUAUUUACAAAAACAAUUUAUUUCCGGACAAGAUUAAAAACCUACAAGGACGAGAAAUUGUGGUAACUGGUUUUGAUUAUUUGCCCUAUUCAUCUGUAAAGUACGUUAGUGAUGAGAAUAAUUCCUAUGAUUUGGCUUUUGGUUCCAACUCAAGUGGUGCUGUGCUAAUUGAUGGUACCGAGAUUAGAACGAUCUUAACAUUUUGUGAAUUAUACAACUGCAGAGUGUUGGUUGAUAGCACCGAAGCUGAUGACUGGGGCGAAGUGUAUCCCAAUAUAUCUGGCGAAGGUAGCUUGGGUAUGGUAAUUAAAGGUGCAGCUGACAUUUCCGUAGGAGCAAUGUAUUCUUGGGACAUUGAUUACAUUUUCCUAGAUAUGUCAAUGUAUUUGGUACGGUCGGGAAUAACUCUAUUAACACCGGCACCAAGGCGUUUGGCCAGCUGGUUACUACCGCUGGAACCAUUUCAAUACAAUCUCUGGCUGGCUAUUAUUAUCUACUUGAUACUAGAAAUGCUAGCUUUAAUAUUUAUGUACAAAUUUGAAAAUACCGUAGUUGGGCGAUCCCGCAGUUGGUAUCAAAACUUUCAAUUCGGUUACUCGACUACCUUGAAAUUAUUCGUUUCUCAAGCGGGAAUUGAAUGUGUGCAAUCUAUAACUUUACGAGGCUUAUUGUUUACAUACUUUUUAAAUGAUAUCAUUAUAACGAGUAUAUACGGUGGUGGACUGGCCAGCAUUUUGACUAUACCGAGUUAUGAAGAAGCAGCUGAUACCGUAGAACGUUUACGUUCGCACAAUUUAAAAUGGACGGCUAACUCACUUGGAUGGGUUUACGGUAUACGUAAUGCUGAUGACGAACUUACAAUGGCGAUAAUGAAAAAUUUCCAUCUUUACAACGAUGAACAAAUAGCUGAAAUGUCACAAAAUCGUUUGGAUAUGGGUUUUACUUUGGAACGAUUACCGUUUGGUCAUUAUGCGAUUGGGGAUUAUUUAAGUUCAAAAAGUAUUGAAAAUUUAAGAAUAAUGAAAGAAGAUUUAUAUUUUCAAUACACGGUUGCAUUUACGAAACGUCUCUGGCCUAUGCUAGAUCGCUUCGAUCAGCUAAUCUAUAAUUGGCAUUCGGCUGGUCUGGAUAUCUAUUGGGAAUUGCGGAUUGUAGCUAAUACUAUGGAUUUGAAGAAGCAGAAACAAAUUGAAUCUAUGAUGUACUCGAAUAUAGACGAUAUGGGGCCAAUUAAGUUAAGUAUGUCCAAUUUUGCUGGAAUACUUUUGAUAUGGGUUUUGGGCAUUGCUAUAGCAAUAAUGGUUUUUCUACUUGAACUUAUCAUGAAAUUUUAUGAAAAUAAAAAGCUCUCUCUAAACGAGGUGGAAAAGAAUCGAUGA